AUGCCACCACGUACAGCACAUUAUCUAUCAGUCCAAGAACGUAGAGAAGAACAUAGAGAAACUGAUGCUGCUCGACGAUGUAGAAAAAGAGCAAUGGAAACCGAUGAACAAUAUCAGCAGAGACGUCAACGAGAUGCUGAUGCGCAUCGCCGUCGUCGUGAAGAGCAACGUUUAUUACCGACAACAGAUGUUGUAGCUCGCAAUCAACAUCAUGCUAAUAAUCUUCAGCUACAUAAUAUUGACCUUAUUGCAAUGCGCUCAAGCUGCCAACAGAAAGUCCUGGAAUGUGCUGCUCUAAUGGGAAGAUUUGAUCGUGAGCUUGCAAAUUCAAGUUAUGUUGUUUAUACCUUUCGUGUUCAAGGUUCAUUUUAUCACCAGAUUGUUUCGCUACUACCAGAAUAUGGCUCUGUAACUACUAUCUACAAAUUUAUUUACGCCAAUAUUCCUGGACUUGAUCAGAGAACUCAUAAUGCUCCAACGAAUUCUCAGGUAGCAGCAAUCUGGGUUAAUGGUAAUGUGCCUUCUGGUACUAUUCAGAAGCGUGAUAUUAUAUUGCAUACACGGAUGGAUCAUUUAAUUCGUAUUUCUGAAUUCAAUGGAUAUAUUCCUCUCACAUUUGAAACAAUUGUUAUUGCUGAAGAUUCUAAUUAUGAAAAUGAAAAUGAUACUCAUAAUAUAAUACGACAUAGAAGAUUCGCGAGUGCAAUGGAAUGUUACGCAUAUCGGCUUCAAUUCGACCUCAUUCUAUCCAUUUACUUUUACGUGCAGGACGACUCUUUCAACAAUUUGUUGUUUAUAUCUCUUCAAGAUGCAGUCUUGUGUGGUGAUUAUAAUCCAGUAGAUAUUGAUCAGAGAAUAGUACUUCCUUCCACAUCCAUUUGA